AAAAAAAAUAACACCCACACACAAAACCGACAACUCUCAAUACCGCCAACAUGGGUAAGGAGAAGAUGCACAUCAACGUGGUCGUUAUCGGCCACGUCGAUUCUGGCAAGUCUACCACCACUGGUCACUUGAUCUACAAGUGCGGUGGAAUCGACAAGCGUACCAUCGAGAAGUUCGAGAAGGAAGCCGCCGAGUUGGGCAAGGGUUCAUUCAAGUACGCCUGGGUUCUUGACAAGCUAAAGGCCGAGCGUGAGCGUGGUAUCACCAUUGAUAUCGCUCUUUGGAAGUUCGAGACCCCCAAGUACUAUGUCACCGUCAUUGACGCCCCUGGUCACCGUGAUUUCAUCAAGAACAUGAUCACUGGUACUUCCCAGGCCGAUUGCGCUAUCCUCAUUAUCGCUGCCGGUACUGGUGAGUUCGAGGCCGGUAUCUCCAAGGAUGGCCAGACCCGUGAGCACGCCCUCCUCGCCUACACCCUUGGUGUCAAGCAACUCAUCGUCGCCAUCAACAAGAUGGACACCACCAAGUGGUCCGAGGCCCGUUACCAGGAAAUCAUCAAGGAGACUUCCAACUUCAUCAAGAAGGUCGGAUACAACCCAAAGACUGUUGCCUUCGUUCCUAUCUCCGGAUUCAACGGUGACAACAUGAUCGACAACUCCCCCAACUGCCCAUGGUACAAGGGUUGGGAGAAGGAGACCAAGGCUGGCAAGUCCACCGGAAAGACCCUUCUCGAGGCUAUCGAUGCUAUUGACCCACCUUCCCGCCCAACUGACAAGCCCCUCCGUCUUCCUCUUCAGGAUGUCUACAAGAUUGGUGGUAUUGGCACGGUGCCAGUCGGUCGUGUUGAGACCGGUGUCAUCAAGGCCGGUAUGGUCGUCACCUUUGCCCCCGCUGGUGUCACCACUGAAGUCAAGUCCGUCGAGAUGCACCACGAGCAACUUGUCGAGGGUCUCCCAGGUGACAACGUCGGCUUCAACGUCAAGAACGUCUCUGUCAAGGAAAUCCGUCGUGGUAACGUUGCUGGUGACUCCAAGAACGACCCUCCCAAGGCCUCCGAGUCUUUCAACGCUCAGGUCAUCGUUCUUAACCACCCUGGUCAAGUCGGUGCUGGUUACGCACCAGUCUUGGAUUGCCACACUGCCCACAUUGCUUGCAAGUUUGCUGAGCUUUUGGAAAAGAUUGAUCGUCGUACCGGAAAGUCUAUUGAAGCCACCCCCAAGUUCAUCAAGUCUGGUGAUGCUGCCAUCGUUAAGAUGAUUCCAUCCAAGCCUAUGUGUGUUGAGGCCUUCACUGAUUACCCCCCUCUUGGACGUUUCGCCGUUCGUGACAUGAGACAAACCGUCGCUGUCGGUGUCAUCAAGUCCGUUGAGAAGUCUGACAAGGCUGGCAAGGUCACCAAGGCCGCCGUCAAGGCCACCAAGAAGUAAACUACCCCCUUCGUGUUUCGUUUCCGGUCCUGGCAUGGCAAAAUAAUCAUGGAUUGGAAUGGGGAGGAUGCUUGUACGUGAGAGGAUGGUGUGGAAGGAAAUACUUUGCACACUUUCAUAGAUAGCUUUGCUUGCGAAAAAUGGC